AUGCGUCCGUCCCGAAACCCUCCGGCGCCGCCAGCGGCCGCCGUGCCCAAGGACCGGCGUGGACAACAAUGGCCUCAUCCAGAGGCUGGACCUAGUAUAUAUGCCCAUGACAUUCCAUUCCAGGCACAAGCGAGCCAUAAUCCCACGGCCCUCGCCUGUCCUGGUCCCGAGACGGUAUUUGCGCCCGCCCAUUUCCAGGAUCUGGACGUCGUGUCGGCGCCUUUCCCUUGGCCGUCAGCACCGCCGCGACCCGCCGCACAUGUGCAACCGCAUCAACUGAAUUCUACAUGCGGACCUGCUUCCUGGGCCUGUGAACACGAUUCCGAUGGCAAUACCACUGGAACCAUUCGGCCAUGGGAAAAUGACAUUGUGGCCACAUCCGAUAGGACCGAGGCACCUGGCGGUGCUCGUCCUAGAGUAGCAAACAUUGAGCCGUCAGCUUCAGGCUCUCAUAUCUGCCUUUGGGGUAUGGACGGCCCCUGCAAGGACGGUCCCUUCACGACAAGGGAAGCGUUGAACUGGCAUGUCAAGGCGGCUCAUCUCCUGACAUGCCCCGUCCUUGGCUGCACCGAGGGGGUGUUCGCCGUAAAGAAGCUGGUCGAGGUCCACCUGAGAUGGCAGCACAAACUUUUCACUUCGCCCAAAGAUCAGGAGCUCCACCAGUCAAGUGACUUGCUGAAUGAAACAGCUGAACAAACCCCCAUGGCGGCGGAGGCGCCUAGUACAGCACCUGCACCGCCUCGACAGCCAAAAUGCGAGGACAAGAGGCUCAAGAUGGAACUCACAGUGGCAACGUCAAAAAAGAGAUGCCGUGAUCAGUUAAGAGCCGUGGUGGAGCGGAGAUGUAGAAGGGUCACAGCUACUCCAAGAUCCAUGGAUAGUCCAGGUACUAUAAGUGCCAGCACGCCAAGGGCGGGCGGUGCUGUACCCUUCCCAGUAAUCUGGGAGCACGGUGUGCUUCCAUUUUUGAUUGAGUUGAUGCCAAAAUGGUGCGGCGCAGGCCACGUCAUUACCGUAACACGCGGGAAAAAGCGAGAAGCUCGACGUGUCUGCAUCAUGACAGCAAGACCUAUUUCAAAGGCCCGCAAGGUCGUCAUUGCUGGGCAUGUGCGCGACUUGCUUCCAGACAAUUACAAGGGCCUGGUGAGUUUCGUGUUCUCCGUGGGUGCCGUCGAGCGCCUUACCUGGGCUAGGGGCCUAAGUAAAGACAUGCCCGACGAGAUAUGCCAACCACGGAACCCGUUCUGCUAUGUCAGCCCACAGAUGGGAGAUAGUAUAGGAAUGACUCUUCCGGACGGGGAUGACACGAGUGCCACGCUGGGGCCUUGCAUCAAGAUAGGCGGUGCUUGGUUUUGGUUGGCCAACUUUCAUCCCUUUGAGGAGGUUGACCUUACGAGACACUGCGCGAUUGUGGAACACCCAUCGCCGGAGGACCGCGAUCGGUGUGUACGGGAAAAACAUGAUGCUCUCGAAGGACCUGGAGUGGAUCUCCACCUGGGUCAACUAACUGCCACCUCGGGAUAUGACCUCAAAACCACAAGGAUAACUCAUGAACCAUACUGGGAAGAUUGCGACAAGGAACCACCCCUCGUAGUCACGGACUGGGCUUUAAUAUCCUCUCAGAAACAACAGGCAAAUAUGAUGCGCAAAUUUCCCAGCACGGCAACGCCACAGCGAGAGGAGCCAAUCACACGCAUGUGCAGUGUCGCUCCAGGAGCCGAGGUCUGCGCUACUGGUCGAACUUCUGGCUAUCAGCGUGGCCUGAUAUGCGAAAUUCCCGCGUACAUUGACGGACGCAAGAACGGCACAGGGAAAGCUACCCGUGAAUGGUUCAUCGAGGAACCGUUUGAAUGUGAGGACGAGGAUUCAUGGAUCCGUGGCGGCAUUGGUGUUGCUGGCGACAGCGGUGCCGGCGUGGUUGACUGCGACACGAACGCCCUCGUUGGGCAGCUCUGGGGACGCAACAAGUACUUUGGACCUGGUCCACGAGUGGCUUUCUUCACGCCGAUCUUUGACGUAUUUGACGACAUUCAGGAGCGGUGCGGCCAGCAGACGCGACCUCAGCUACCGCAGAACAUCCAGGAAGCAGAAAGGUGGCCGGCUUAUCCAGUCUGUAGACCCUGCUUUGAUGUUCAAGAGUACAUGGCAACUCGUCGAAGCUCACGCGAAUCACUGGUGUCCAUGAUUCCGGCUGUCGAGAUCUCUGGCGAUGCUGACCAUGAGCUGAGGACGAUAAGCGAGCUCGCGACACCCAGAGAUUCUUCUUUCGGAAGUGUAGUAUCACCUGCGCCCGUGAUGAGCACCUUUUUCUACCAACCUCACGUGCCAUCUCCGAGGCCGGGCAUUUUUGAAAUCACCAGCCCCUAUGCCAUGGACAUACGUGACGAAGACCUUGAAGACGGUAUUGGAGAUAGCCCAUAUGCUGGUCUGGGCAAACGACAAUCUGGCUCUGCGGCACUGGUGCGAAGCAGCAGCCAGCAAUCUGCCAAGAGAAGAAGGAUUAUGUAG